AGGUCAAGCUCCGUACCCCCAAAAAGAGGCCAUGUGACGCCGGCACUUUUUGCAAGGCCGAGGCUGCUACAUAUACGCGCAGACUUUCGAACCACAUCACAGUUCGCAUUUCUUCCAGGUCCAACCAACUAAACAUCACGAUCAUGAAGCUCACGGUGUUGUGCGUGGCGCUGUGCUUGGGAGUGGUCGUUGUUGCCCGCCCAGAAGGUGAGGCGUCUCCCGUUGCCAACCCCGCCCCUGCCCAGAGCGAGGCCGUGGCUGACCCUAAGCCCUCCGAGGAAUCUCCAGCCGAGGAAGAAGAAGCAGCCCGACGCAAGAGGUGGUACUAUUACUACCCCAACUACCCUUACAGCUUCGGGUACGGUUACCCCUGGGGCUUCGACUACUUCUCUCGCUCUAAUUUAGGACCCUCCGUACAAGGAAGGACAGGAUCCUCACCAUACACAGCCUCCUUCGAGGAACUCGUGGAUUUCACGAGGAGGACUGACUUCGCUUUCCACCAGCAGCAGCAGCAGCAGCAGCAGUGGUUGAACCACCAGCAGCGCUUCAGCGGGAACUUCCCCGACGUCAUCGACACCGCGUCCCCAGACGCUGCCGUUGCUGAAAGCCGCACCAGGUUCCCUGCCACUUCAGGAGGCAACUUCAACCCUAAUUUCCCCCCUAACUUCAAUCCUAACUUCCAUCACGAAUACAAUUCUCGUUUCAACCCUAAUUUCUACCCAAACCCAAACUUCUACCCUUGAAACACGAACGUUUCUCGUAACGUUGGGUGUCCUUUUAUACCAUCUCCAAUACAGUAGUUCCUCUCUUAAGCUUCCCUUUUCCUGAUCUCUUAGAGAUGUGUAUGACGUUUUCUUGCCGCUUCUUGGCCUCUGAUGGAGAACAUUUCCAGCAUUCUAUAUUCCUUCGGCAAUGCUCUGAUGGUGCGUUUGACUGAUUGUUAGAUGCACCAAUUACAGUAGUCUUAAUUAAUCAUCUCCAUUCGUCGACGAGGCCUCUUAGUCACUUUACACCGCUUCUUCUUUCAUAGCCUACUUUAAGAAGAGAGAUAUUUUGUCAUAUAUACUGUCUUGAUUCUGUUGCUUUGCAAUAAAAGUUCUUAUUGCGC